AUGCCGACCGGAAAGUUAGCUAAGUGGAAAAUGCUGUUGAGUGAAUUUGACAUUGUGUAUGUGACUCAGAAGGCGAUAAAGGCACAGUCCUUGGCUGAUCAUCUUGCAGAAAAUCCAGUUGAUGAAGAAUAUGAACCGCUCAAGACUUAUUUCCACGAUGAAAAAGUAUUGUUUGUGGGUGAAGAUAUUUCUGAAAUGUAUUCUGGCUGGAGAUUAUUCUUUGAUGGAGCGGCAAAUCAUCAAGGAAAAGGUAUAAGAGCGGUCUUAGUGUCAGAAUCUGGUCAGCACUAUCCCAUGGCAGCUAAGCUCCGAUUUAAUUGCACGAACAACAUGGCUGAGUAUGAAGCUUGUAUUCUUGGUUUGAGAAUGGCUAUUGACAUGAAUGUCAACGAGCUACUGAAAUUAUGCAAAAGAUUUUGUAAGAUCGAGUUCAAACAUACUCCCAGGAUACAGAAUGAGUUGGCUGAUGUUGUUGCCACCAUCGCUUCGAUGAUUAAGCACCCAGAUACUGAUUAUAUUGAUCCUCUGGAUAUAGAUCUGAAAGAACAUCCAGUCCAUUGUUCACAUGUUGAAGCAGAACCAGAUGAUGCUACGUCCAACCAGAAGAAGUUGAUAAGCUGCAUGGCUCUCAAUUUCUUUCUAAGUAGAGAAAUUCUGUACAGGAGGACUCCAGAUUUAGGUCUCCUCAGAUGCGUCGAUGUUGUUGAAGCCGCGAAGCUUAUUGAACAGAUACAUUUUGGGGUAUGCGGCACCCAUAUGAAUGGACUCACUUUGGCAAGGAAGAUGUUGCGAGCCGGUUAUUUUUGGAUGACUAUGGAGAAUGAUUGUUGCAAGUUUGUGCAGAAAUGUCAUAAAUAUCAAGUGCACAGUGAUUUCAUCCGAGUGCCGCCUCACGAACUUAAUGCUAUGAGUUCACCCUGGCCAUUUGUAUCUUGGGGCAUGGAUAUCAUUGGUCCGAUAGAACCAUCCGCUUCUAAUGUACACAGAUUUAUUUUGGUUUCCAUUGACUACUUCACCAAGUGGGUAGAGGCUGCUUCUUACAAGUCAAUGACCAAGAGAGUUGUAGAUGAUUUUGUUCGAAACAAUCUGAUAUGCAGGUUAUCGAACGACCGUCAGAACUCGAUUGGAUCUACUCCAUAUUUGCUAGUAUAUGGAAUAGAGGCAGUCAUACCUGCUGAAGAGAUACCGUCCUUGAGAAUCAUACAAGAAGUUGAGUUAAGUAAUGCUGAAUGGGUCAGCAAGCGGAUUGAUCAGUUAACCUUGAUUGAUGAGAAGAGAAUGGUUGCCGUUUGUCAUGGGCAACUGUAUAGACAGAGAAUGACUCGUGCUUUUCACAAAAGAGUCAGAGCAAGAAUUUUUGAAAUCAGUCAAUUGGUGUUUAAGCACAUUUUUCCUAAUCAGGAUGAGUACAAAGGAAAAUUUGCACCGAAUUGGCAAGGGCCUUACAUGGUUCGCAAGGUAUUAUCUGGAGGUGCUUUGGUCCUGUCAGAGAUGGAUGACACCGCAUGGCAGAAACCGAUCAACUCAGAUGCUGUCAAGAGAUACUACGUGUGA